UCGAUAGUUUCGAAAGCCUUCAGUGGACGCGAAACAAGCAGCAGGUGUUUUGCACCAUUCUACACCUUCUGUGCUGCAUGACGCACUUGCUUUGCAGAGCGAAAGCCUGGUAAUUCUAUAUAAGUCUGAUCUAGCGUUGUCGCUGAAAAGAAAUGAGCACGACGGUAGACCCGCGCUGACGCAAUGCCGUAGUCUCGCAAGACGCUUAUUGAUCCAGCUGUGAAAGGCACCGAGGGACAGUCAUGGCAGGACUGUCGGUCACUCUCACAAAGGAUAGGACGUUUCCAGUCAACUUCACCUGCCAGCGAUGUUGUCAGCCGCUGCGACUCGAUGCGUCCUUCUCAUCCAUCGACGAGCAGACACUGAAUGAGUUGUCGGAGCCGAUGCUGAGCCAGUCGGACCCCAUCGAGCUGUGUGGUCCGUCUCCCGUGGUCCACUAUCGCGUGCCGGGCGAAGGCGUCUCGCGUCGCACAGUCGAACCGCUGCGCUUCGUCGAGAGCGGCAAUGGCUUCAUGCUGGUCGGCGAGAGUUCGGUGCCGGCCGUAGACACGACCAUCAGCCACAGGCUGGACGUUGAGACGCGUCUGUUUGAGCUUAUGACGAACCAGUCGGCCGUCGACUACCCCAUCUGCGAAGAAUGCACGGACAACCUGUUGGACCAGAUGGAGCGGCAGCUGGACCUGGCCGAAGACGAGUGCAAAGACUACAAGAAGUACCUCGACCAGCUGACCAACGGCGACGAAGAAGACGUCAACUCGGAGGAGCUGGACGCAGAGUACCGCAAGCUUGAGCAGGAGGAACGCGAACUUUUGGCGGCCGUCGAAAAAAUCGAGAAGGAACGGAGCAACGUCGAGAGCGAGCGCAAGCAAGUCGCCGAGAUGUUGGAGCGGCUGCGUAGCGACGAGGACCGCUACUGGCGCGAGUACUCGGACUUGAACCGGCAGCUGAUGCAGUGCUCCGACGACCACGCCAGCGUCGAGCGCCAACUCAAGUAUUCGGAGAACAAGCUCAGUCAGCUGCACAAGACGAACGUGUUCAACGCAACGUUCCACAUCUGGCACAACGGCCACUUCGGCACCAUCAACAACUUCCGGCUCGGCCGGCUGCCCAACGUACCCGUCGAGUGGUCGGAGAUCAACAUGGCCUGGGGUCAGACCGUCCUUCUGCUGUACUCGCUUGCGGAAAAGAUGGAAAUGACAUUCCUGAGGUACCGGCUGGUCCCAUUCGGAAACCACUCGUACCUGCUGUGCCUCGAGGACCCGGCCCGCGAACUGCCCCUGUACUUCGCCGGUGGCUUCAAGUUCCUGUGGGACACCAAGUUCGAUCACGCCAUGGUGGCGUUCCUCGACUGCUUGCAGCAAUUUAAAGAGCAGGUGAGCAAGAUGGACUCCAACUUCUGCCUUCCCUACCGGAUAGACAAGGGCAAGAUCGAGGACAGCAGCACUGGCCAGUCGUGCUCCAUCAAGAUCCAGUUUAACUCCGAAGAGCAGUGGACCAAGGCUCUCAAGUUCAUGCUCACCAACCUCAAGUGGGGACUGGCCUGGGUCUCUGCCCACUUUGCUGCUCGCGAGGCAGCCAGCUGAUCUUUUGACUUGUUAUGCAUAAACGCCUGUAUGUACAGCCUUUGUAUAUACAGCUGAUGUGAUAUAAAACUGUGUAGUUCACUGUGUA